AUGGGGCUUUGUUUCGUUAUUCGCAGUGCUCAUCGAGUUGUUUACGGAGAUAACUCGUUAUCACUAAUUCACGAGUACUUCGACGAUCCUUAUGUAGCGCAAUUGGUGUAUCUUGAUCUUGCAACGAGUCAGGUUGUCGUCGCACUCGAACCUUUUCUUCUUGUGAUCAUUUGCAGAUCACGGAGGACACAGCAACCAGCCCAAGCACGACGGGCCUCUCGGUCAUUGUGAAUCCUGAAAGCCCUAACAUAGAGUAAUCUAUUUGCUGUACUUUGGACCGCACAGUAACCAUUUCCAGUAUUGUAUUCGUCCACGGGUUUACCGGCCACCCUGAACGCACUUGGACUCAUAAGGGAGAAGUUCAAAGCCAGUAUGAUCAAGUUGGGCACGAGGAUGAUGGCGAACGCCCCUCGAAAUUUCGGAAACUCUUGAGCGGCAAAGGUGCUCGCAAAAGCGUUUACUGGCCUAGAGAUCUUCUUCCUACAACAGUUAACAAUACAGCACGUGUGAUGACUUUCGGAUAUGACACAAAUGUUCGUCAUAAAUUCGGCAAUCCUAUCAACCAGCAAACCGUUUACGACAUAGCGUACGACUUCUUGAUUGCACUCGAAGUUGAACGCCGGACACAACCAUUUAGGCCGCUGGUUUUCAUUGUUCCAUAGCCUUGGAGGAAUCGUUGUGAAGGAGACUCUUCGUCGUUCGCGGGGUUUCGAGUUUACGCAAAUCCAUCUUCGCAACACUUACGAAUCGACAUCUGGUAUCUUGUUCUUUGGUACCCCCCAUAGUGGAGCAGAUCCCAGAGGGCCACUUCAACACAUUGCUGAGAGGGUAAUUAAGGUCGCCGGGUUUUCAGUCAGCAGACAAAUUGUCGAUACACUCUUGCCAUCAUCUGAGCGCCUUAAGGAAUUGCGAGACGAGUUUGGGCCGAUGGCACAUCGGAGGAGCUGGAUUACUUACUAUUUUCAAGAACAGUACGGAGUUCCAGCUCUGGGUGGAAACAGGGUGAUUGCAUUAAAACCAUUCUUCCUGUAUAUAGACUAAUUGUACUAGGUGGUUGAGGAUACAGCCUCUUGUUUGAACGACUCGACUUGUGAGACUACUCAACACAUUGCAUCCAACCACAUGGAAAUGUGCAGAUUUAACGGGCUAGAAGAUGUCGAAUACAAAAAGGUCGCCGGGGCUCUCAAUCGAGUAUUGGCAAUGACUCCCAUAAAACAAGUUCCAACAGGUCGGAAAGUGCCUCUCAAUGCGGAAAAUCGACAGUUUUAUCUGGAUUCCCUGGCAUUCAAUCAAAUUGAUGCUCGUCACGCAACCAUCAAGAGUGCACAUGCCAAAACAUGCCGAUGGUUUCUCAAAACCCACCAAUACCAAGACUGGCUAGAUGCCUCAAAGAUCCCUCAGGGGACCAUCAUGGCUUCUUGUGGAUCAAAGGGAAACCAGCUACUGGGAAGUCAACCAUAA